AUGCCCUCCGUCAAGAACCCAAACGCGCCUUCCAAGAACCGCCUCGCCGCCCGCGCAGCCAAGCAGAGGAAACAGCGCCAGCAGGCCGCCGCAGCCGGGCAGCUCGCGAAGCGGGGCGGCGCCAUCGCGAAAGCAGACUUCCGGCGCGGCGCCCGGCCGGGCCUCCUGCCGACCAGCGGGCCGCGGAAGCCGGUGAGCAAGAAGCGGCAGCGCAAGAUGGAGCGGAAGCUGGGGUACGCGCUGAAACGGAAGAUGGAGCGGGAGGGCGAGGUCGUCAUGACUGAUGCGCCUGCGGAUCACCAGAAGAAGGAGGCACAACAACAGCAAAAGAGAGAGGGCGGUGGGGACCAGGCGGAGAUGGAGAUGGAUGUGGAGUGA